CACACCUCCCCGGAGUUAUAAGGCGGAGACAGAUUACUUCCGGUCGGUUACAGUCCGGAGGAGACCCGCAGCCGUAGCCGCUCCGCUCCACAGUCAGCGCCAGCGGAAUAAAGCCGCCAUGGGAACCCGGGAUGAUGAAUAUGAUUAUUUAUUUAAAGUGGUGCUGAUUGGAGACUCGGGUGUGGGGAAAAGUAACCUGCUGUCUCGUUUCACACGCAACGAGUUCAACCUGGAGAGCAAGAGCACCAUCGGUGUGGAAUUUGCCACUCGGAGCAUCCAAGUGGACGGAAAAACCAUCAAAGCUCAGAUUUGGGACACAGCAGGACAGGAGCGCUACAGAGCGAUCACAUCAGCGUACUAUCGAGGUGCAGUAGGAGCACUACUGGUCUAUGACAUUGCCAAGCACCUGACCUACGAGAACGUGGAGCGCUGGCUGAAGGAGCUGCGUGACCAUGCGGAUAACAAUAUCGUCAUCAUGUUGGUGGGCAACAAAAGUGACCUGAGGCAUCUCCGAGCCGUGCCCACUGACGAGGCCCGGGCCUUCGCAGAAAAAAACAACUUGUCUUUCAUCGAGACUUCAGCUUUGGACUCAACAAAUGUUGAAGAGGCUUUCAAAAAUAUCCUCACAGAAAUAUACCGUAUCGUAUCACAGAAGCAGAUCGCAGACAGGUCUGCACAUGAUGAGUCUCCUGGCAACAACGUGGUGGACAUCAGCGUCCCCCCGACCACCGAUGGGCUGAAGGGAAGCAAAUUCCAGUGCUGCCAGAACCUGUGACCUCGCUCUGUGUUUACUUCUUCCUCUAUUCCUCACACUCAUCGCUUCUUUGUUGUUUAUUGUGCAACCGCUGCUGCUCUGGUUUUCUCUACUCAUAGUCUAGAAGUUCCCCCUGCCUGUAAAGUUCUAGAUAACAUUCCUGUUUUUUUGGGGUUUUUUUGGUCUUGUGAUUUAUGUAUUUGAAACCACCCCCCUUUUUUUUUUUUCCUCUCGUAAGUGAUCCUGGUUGGUCGCUGAUCAUGUGACCCACUCCUGAGGAUAAAGGAUGGUGAGGGAUCAGUGUGUCUUGAACUUCCAGCCACUCUGAGGAGUUUCCACUCGGAGAUUCCCGACACUAAGCAAAAGCUGUGGUUCAGCCGGGCCCCUGGAAUAAGGGACCCUGCUAGUUUAACUUUUCUUGGCUGAGAAUCGGCAUGGGGCAAAACAUUUUCUCUGGAUUGUAUAGAUACCAAAGGGAGACUGCAAUCAUUUCAGUUGUGAAAUGAAGAAGGUGAACAUUUCAGACCGCAGUGUUGAUUAGCGCAGUACAGGGUGAAACUCCUGAGCGAGUUCAUGUGCUGAUUCUGUAUUUCGUUAUGGGAACAGUUACAGCAGUCGUGUGAAUAUUUCCUGUUUAAUCAUUUAUUUAUAAAUAUCCAUUAUAAAGGUAAAAAGGGUCGUUUCCCAGCCCAGGAAUUGCACUGUUAAAACAAGAGGAGCUGUUAAACAGGAGAGGAUGCACUCUUGGUUUCACUGCUGGUUAGAUGUCUCUCAUCUCAUACUCGAACAUGCAUCAUCCCAUGUUAUCAGAUUCUUGUUUGCAUUUCACUUAACCUCUUGUGUGAUUAGUUUGAAAAUGCCUUAUGGUUUUCCAUAUUCUGUGAUUAAAAACAAAUUUAUUAAAGCGUGGUUCUGACAUUCACAUGACCUCUAUGACGUCCACAUCAGGUGUUUUUCUUUUGCCUUUUUUUGAAUUAUCAGGAUAGAAAAUAAACCAAAAUAUUAUAAA